UGCCCUUCGCUAGUGCCCCUUUUGUCAUAUAGAAAACAUCAUUCAAGCUCUUACCACUGUCUCUUAUUCUCCCUCCUCCUGAGAGUCAUACCACUAAUUUUGGCGCAGGUGGGCGGUGUGGUGAUGCCAGUUCGGGUGGUGGGUGGUGGCGUGGCAAGGGGCACUGUCUCCGUCGGGAUGGUUGGCGUUGAUGAGGUAGAGGCACGAGCUGCACUGCUCACACCCACUCUGGAGCAAGGCUUCCCGUCCUCCUCCACCCCAACUAGUGCCACUGUUACCUGGAGAUUGAGUCCUGCACCUGCCCACCAGAUCCACCGGUCCAAGCACAUCGAGGGGAUCUAUGUGCUGGGGUGUGAACGAGGCAGUGGCUUCAUCCAUCCUCGGAUACAACAACAGCUCCAGACCCACGACAUUUCCCUCCUGCACCAUCCACACUCCCACCACAGCCACAACCACGAGCUCGGCCCCACCACCCACACCCUGGAGCAAAGGGAGUCGUCCACUUCAGAGCAUGCGGAGUGGCCUGACAGUGGAGGAGGGCCCCACACCUCACUGGCAGAGGAGAACGUUGAGCACAUCCUCUUAGAAAAUGAGUCUGGGAGAAGCACUACAUCCUCCAACACCACUGUAGGGGAGGAGGGAGGUGAUGACUUCCCACUGCCACCCACCUGUUCCAACCUGAGAGUGAUGGGCCACACCCUUGUCCUGGCCAGGUCCUCCUUCCAGGUGGUGGGGCUCCAUCCCUUCACUUCCUACUGGUUCCUGCUCCUGCCUCACUACAAGGGUGUGCUGGGUGUGCCUUCCAACAUGCAGUCUUUUACAACACCACAGGAUGUGCCUGCAGGGUGGCCAGUGCUCUCAAGGUGGUGGGCCGCCAGAGUGGGGCAGGACACAUAUGCCCUCACCCUUCACUGGCGACCACUGCCCCCACACCUUGCCCACGGCAUCAUCAACAGGUAUCAGGUGGGCGGUGUGGUGAUGCCAGUUCGGGUGGUGGGUGGUGGCGUGGCAAGGGGCACUGUCUCCGUCGGGAUGGUUGGCGUUGAUGAGGUAGAGGCACGAGCUGCACUGCUCACACCCACUCUGGAGCAAGGCUUCCCGUCCUCCUCCACCCCAACUAGUGCCACUGUUACCUGGAGAUUGAGUCCUGCACCUGCCCACCAGAUCCACCGGUCCAAGCACAUCGAGGGGAUCUAUGUGCUGGGGUGUGAACGAGGCAGUGGCUUCAUCCAUCCUCGGAUACAACAACAGCUCCAGACCCACGACAUUUCCCUCCUGCACCAUCCACACUCCCACCACAGCCACAACCACGAGCUCGGCCCCACCACCCACACCCUGGAGCAAAGGGAGUCGUCCACUUCAGAGCAUGCGGAGUGGCCUGACAGUGGAGGAGGGCCCCACACCUCACUGGCAGAGGAGAACGUUGAGCACAUCCUCUUAGAAAAUGAGUCUGGGAGAAGCACUACAUCCUCCAACACCACUGUAGGGGAGGAGGGAGGUGAUGACUUCCCACUGCCACCCACCUGUUCCAACCUGAGAGUGAUGGGCCACACCCUUGUCCUGGCCAGGUCCUCCUUCCAGGUGGUGGGGCUCCAUCCCUUCACUUCCUACUGGUUCCUGCUCCUGCCUCACUACAAGGGUGUGCUGGGUGUGCCUUCCAACAUGCAGUCUUUUACAACACCACAGGAUGUGCCUGCAGGGUGGCCAGUGCUCUCAAGGUGGUGGGCCGCCAGAGUGGGGCAGGACACAUAUGCCCUCACCCUUCACUGGCGACCACUGCCCCCACACCUUGCCCACGGCAUCAUCAACAGGUAUCAGGUGGGCGGUGUGGUGAUGCCAGUUCGGGUGGUGGGUGGUGGCGUGGCAAGGGGCACUGUCUCCGUCGGGAUGGUUGGCGUUGAUGAGGUAGAGGCACGAGCUGCACUGCUCACACCCACUCUGGAGCAAGGCUUCCCGUCCUCCUCCACCCCAACUAGUGCCACUGUUACCUGGAGAUUGAGUCCUGCACCUGCCCACCAGAUCCACCGAUCCAAGCACAUCGAGGGGAUCUAUGUGCUGGGGUGUGAACGAGGCAGUGGCUUCAUCCAUCCUCGGAUACAACAACUGCUUAUGAGCCACAACCACGAGCCCGGCCCCACCACCCACACCCUGGAGCAAAGGGAGUCGUCCACUUCAGAGCAUGCGGAGUGGCCUGACAGUGGAGGAGGGCCCCACACCUCACUGGCAGAGGAGAACGUUGAGCACAUCCUCUUAGAAAAUGAGUCUGGGAGAAGCACUACAUCCUCCAACACCACUGUAGAGGAGGAGGGAGGUGAUGACUUCCCACUGCCACCCACCUGUUCCAACCUGAGAGUGAUGGGCCACACCCUUGUCCUGGCCAGGUCCUCCUUCCAGGUGGUGGGGCUCCAUCCUUCACUUCCUACUGGUUCCUGCUCCUGCCUCACUACAAGGGUGUGCUGGGUGUGCCUUCCAACAUGCAGUCUUUACAACACCACAGGAUGUGCCUGCAGGGUGGCCAGUGCUCUCAAGGUGGUGGGCCGCCAGAGUGGGGCAGGACACAUAUGCCCUCACCCUUCACUGGCGACCACUGCCCCACACCUUGCCCACGGCAUCAUCAACAGGUAUCAGUUGAGGAAGCAAUUAAUGGGACAGAAAUAUUCUGCACUCAAAGUGACCUCAGGGCUCAGGCUGCAGGGCGACUGCGGCAUGGUGGAUGGCAUCAAGCUGUCCCACAGCAGGACCUCCUGCUGGUGCUGGAAGAGGCGGCGGCUUCUGGCUGCCUUUACCUUCCACGGCAAGGAGACGGGCUACACGCCGCCGCCCAGGUGGCGACCAUCAAGCUGGACCGCCCGCCUCCAUCCCGAGGCUGACUUCCAGGACGCCCUGGACCAGGUCAGCACGGAUCCUGAGGAUGACUUCCAGGACGCCUUGGACCAGGUCAGCCAGGAUCCUGAGGAUGACUUCCAGGACGCCCUGGACCAGGACAGCACGGAUUCUGAGGCUGACCUGGACGUGGAGAGUCUGGGUUAUGAGGGUGACCUGGAAAGCGCCAGCCUAGAUUCUGAGACAGACCCAGAAGAAAUCAGUCUGGACUAUGAUGCUGACCUGGAAAGCGACAGCCAGGACUCUGAUAACGCUCAAUCUAUAUUCUGA